GUGCUUUAGUCUGUCUACCUUGACCUUUGCUUCCCUGCUUGACUCUUCAAAGGACACAAUGCAUCUCCUCCGCGCGGAGCCGGCGGCUGACAGCAGCUGCUGGAGCUUCGCUGCGUCCGUGAUGCUGAGCAGAGCGCGGAGCCCCUGAUCCUGAGGGGACCAUGGGGCCCACAGAGCCGCUGCUGCUGCUGCUGAUAGGUCUGCUGUGGAGCCGCUGCGCCCCGCUCUGUGCAGCAGCCUGCACAGAGCAGGUAGAGGUCCACACAGAGAGGAGGGGGGUUCUCUACAGUCCAUCUUGGCCUUUAAAUUAUCCACCUGGCCUCAACUGCAGCUGGCGUAUCCAAGGAAGCCCAGGAGAGGUAAUCACCAUCAGCUUCCGUAACUUUGACCUCAUGGAGUCAGGAGGAUGUAUGGGCGACUGGCUCCUGCUGACGCCGUCGUGGAGCGGAGAAUCCAGGUUGUGUGGCUCCACGCUGCCUCCUCCUUUUAUUUCCAGCAGGGGGCGCGUUUGGCUCUACUUCCACUCCAAGGCCAACAGCUCAGGGCAAGCCCAGGGCUUCCGUCUCUCCUACAUCAGAGGCCACCUGGGUCAGAGCAGCUGCCAGUCCGACGAGUUCCUAUGUGGGAAUGGGAAGUGUCUUCCUCGUUCUUGGAAAUGCAACGGACAGGAUGAAUGCGGCGACGCCACAGACGAACACGGCUGCUUCGCGCCUCCCACCGAGCCCCUCCCCAGUCUCUGCCCCCCAGGCUCGCUGCCGUGUACGGAGGCCCAGACCACCCGCUGUCUGCCGGCCUCCCUGCGCUGCAACGGAGACAGAGACUGUCGGGAUGGAAGCGACGAGCUGCAUUGUCCAGACACCACCUGCGGCAAACGACUGGGGAACUUUUACGGCUCGUUUGCCUCUCCUGACUUUUUCCACGCUGACCGAAGCUCUGUGGCUGAGCUGAGAUGCUCCUGGUUGCUGGACACUCAGGACCCAAAGCCCAUCAUGCUGCAGCUGGACCUGCAGCUUGGGCCUGGAGAUUCCCUUCAUGUUUACGAUGGCCUGUUGCAGCGGGCUGAGCAUCUCUUACAGGUGCUGUCGCAUCAUAACAAUCGGCGGCCGGCGCUGCUGGAGUCGAGCCGAGGCCAGAUGAGUGUUCUGUACAUGGCGCAGCCUCACAGCCCUGGUCGGGGCUUUAAUGCUACUUAUCAGGUCAAAGGUUACUGUUUUCCUGGCGAGCAUCCCUGCGGCAGCGAGCAGGGCUGCUACUCUGACCAUCAGCGCUGCGACGGAUACUGGCACUGCCCAUCGGGUCGCGACGAAGAGGCCUGCGCGAUGUGCCCCGAGGGGGAGUUCCCAUGCGAAGGAGGCACCGGUGCAUGCUACGCUGCAUCCGAGCGCUGCAACAACCAGAAGAGGUGUCCUGACGGUUCGGACGAGAAGAACUGCUACGACUGCCAACCUGGAAACUUUCACUGUGGGACCAACCUGUGCAUCUUUGAGACGUGGCGCUGCGACGGCCAGGAGGACUGCUUAGACGGCAGCGAUGAGAGGGACUGCCUGGCCGCAGUACCAAGGAAGGUGAUCACAGCUGCCCUGAUUGGCAGCCUGGUCUGCAGCCUCCUGCUGGUAAUCGCACUUGGCUGCGCGCUGAAACUGCACUCGCUAAGGAACAGAGAGUACAGAGCUUUUGAGACUCAGAUGACUCGCAUGGAGGCAGAUUUUGUUCAGAGAGAAGCUCCUCCUUCUUAUGGUCAGCUGAUAGCUCAGGGUCUCAUCCCCCCUGUGGAGGAUUUCCCAGCUUACAACCCCACCCAGGCCUCGGUGUUACAGAACCUUCGUUUGGCAAUGCGCAGGCAGAUCCGCCGUCACUCAACUCGCCGCUCCUCUUCUUCCUCUCGAAGACGUCUCGGGCAUCUGUGGAGUCGGAUUUUCCGUACUCCGGGUCGAGCGAGGGGCCAAACCGCGCUGCUGGAUCCUGUCGAACCUGCACAGGUUACACUGGGGCUCCAAAGCUACCACGCAGUGAGGGAGGAGGGGUCAAUGGGUGCCGCCAUGUCAGCAGCCCGUGUCCAAGAUGAGGGUGAAGUAGGAGGCUUUCUAACGCCUGAAAGCCCUGCAUCGCCGCUGUCUUUGCAGUCAGUGAACAGUUCAGACGCGGAGGAACAGUCGCCUGUCGGCAGCGGGGGCGAUGGGGUCCCGCAGUCUGAGCCCCCCACCCCUCAGGCAGCCCCCGUACCUUCCUGCUCCUGCCGUCCAACCAGAAAAUUGGUUCUGGAACUUGCAGUUAACCUAAAGGGUGUCGCCUUUAAGCGGUACUCACCUUUGGGACCCUUUUCCCCCAUGUCUCCCCCUGUGCUCACAAGUAGCUCCCCAAUGCAAUCAGCCCAACCCCCCCCUCAGGGUUCAGAGGUGACGUCACCCUCUGAGAACAUGUUUCCUUCAGUGGAAAGAGAGGAAUCCGACAGUCAUUUUUCUAUGGCCGUGCCAAGUGAGGAAAGGAGCUGCGUGGAUGAGAUGAAUACAGAGAGCAAGCUGACUCAGCAGAUUUAGUAAACAUAAGGGGCGGGGGCGAAGACUCAGGGAGGGAAGUGCCAAGACAUAAAGCAUGAAGUGGUCUCAGUGGGAUGACCGGAUAUCUGCUCCACCAAAGUGUCCUUUACAUCAGAUUCAGACCUUUCCUUUCCACUCACAGAUAAAAACGCAGCUGAAUAUCAAUACAGUUAAUAUUCUGAAUGCUUACUGAUGUGUAAAUAGGGUUGCAUAUUCAGUCUGUCCUGAUGUGAAUCCAACCAGCAGUGUGUUGUAAAUCUCUUUGUGAAGCUUACUGGAGAAUCGAUGACGAAAUGCAUAAAAAUACUCAAAAAAACUCAGUUUUGGACAAAACAGCCAAGAAAUCUACCUAACAAACCAAAACAUUUUGUGUUAUUACCCAGAGCCAUUAUUCACCGCCACCGACUGUGAGCCGAGGAGGCCUAUAGACCAACAUUUCACUACAUGCAUUGUAAAUACACAGUUAUACCUUACCUAGUUACUCUUCAUGUUUGGGAAAAAAAGUCUCUGCUGAUGAAGAAUAAGAGAUAAAACUGUUUUUACGCCA